AUGGCUCGGGCUCUAAGAAGGCAAACUGAGAAUCGCAGGGCGAUGUUGGAGGCGAACGCACGCUACGUUGCCUCGCGUCCCCCGGGUGCAACAAAACUCAACAUACUUCCUUCGAAAAGAUAUCUUGUCGUCACCUGCAUUGACGCCCGCAUUGAUCCUGCAGCGGCUUUUGGGAUCAACCUCGGCGAAGCACAUGUCAUUCGCAAUGCUGGAGGAAGCUGCGUAGCUGCCCUUCGGGAUAUCAUCAUCUCCACGCAUUUCCUGGCCGUGAAAGAGGUUUUCAUCAUCAAACAUAAGGGUUGCGGAAUGAUAUCACUCAAUGGCCUCGCAGGCUCUAUAAUGCAGAACCUCUACCCCUCAGAAAUUGCAUGUGCGGGUGCCUCUUCGAUCGCUGACAUGCAAUGGUACGAUUUCGGAUGCCCCUACGCUGCUGUGCGCAAGGACUGGUGGUUCGUCCAGAACCACCCAGCCAUCCGCGCACAGGACCCGACGAAGCCGGACAGGGACAUUGCCAUCCACGGCUUGGUCUACGACCCGGACACCGGCGGGCUAGAGGAAGUUGCGCCUCGAGUCGAUCCAUCAACGAAUCCGUUGCCGGGCUCCCAGCCAAAUGGUGAUGAUGCGGAAUGUGCAGGAGGCAGCUGUGGUGCAGGAGGCAGCUGUGGUACAGGAGGUAGCUGUGGUUAG